CGACCAUCUCAUCUCUGAUUGGCUCAAACUCCAUCCUCUAAUCCCAAGCCAUCUCUCUAAUACUAGUAACCCAGUCCGCAAUAAACCUCCACCAGCUCACUAAACGCGAGCAAGACCCUCUAACAUGACGCGGGCGGACGCCGCCACCUCCCCGCGUGACGCCACCUCGGACAAGUUAGAUAAAGAGGCCGAUGCAGCGUUAGAAAUGGCGCAGCAAGAGCAGGAACUGCGCUCUCGCGUCCAGGCCGUUUCUAUGCGUAGACGGCCGUCGGACGACACGGACGGUGCCGAGAGCCAUCGCUCGAGUUUAGUGUCGCACCACUCGUUCGCAUCAGCGCAGUCCGCUCCUGCGACCGACUGGCUAUUACGCAGUCGCAAGACCGCCAAUACAGGCCGCAGUAUCCGUCUAGCCAAGCAGCCGAGCUUCCGCGACCAAUUCGAUGAAGACCGGUGCAGUUUGCCCGCUCUAGACAGUUAUCACGCCGAAGAAACGAGUAAAGCAGGCGUCACGACUAUCGGGAAAGGUAAAUGGGCGAAGAAAAACAAGGGGAAGUCCCCGUUUGACGUAUAUUACGCGCCGCAGUCUCCCGCGCCGUCUACAGUCCAUUCCGCGCCCCGAACACGAACUAAAAGCGGUAUAUCGCAUGUAUCGGAGCGUAAAGGAGCCGUUCUAACCGAAGUGGGGGAACCCAACUUCGCUUUACCGGUGUUUCAAACAGAGAGGUCCCAUCGUAAGGGGUUAGAGUCUUUCGACGAGAAUCUCGAAGACGGCGCGUGCGAGAGGACCCCUUUGGACGCCAUGCAGUAUUUUAUGAACGGUGCGCCUCAUGUGUCUAUAGAGGAGGCGCAGAAGUACACUUUUGCUAUUGUUUUGAAGCACACGGAGCAGAUUUUCCACUUAUUAAAGAAAAGGUUCCCGUCUCGCUCGGCGGCGUCAAUUCGCCGCGAUCUACCACAACAAGUGAGUGCGUUACAGCAGAAAUGUGUACGGCGCUUAAUCCAAGCGGGACUGGGCGUGAUUUUACUGGAUAACGCGCUGUACGACAGCUAUCUGGACGACCAAAGAGGCGUACACAGUAAACGAGACCCUAACAGUCAAGAAGAAGACGUGGCCAGAAACUUGUGCAUCCUCAUCGACCCAAAGAAGAACCCGGACUUGUUGUUACACGAGUUUAAACGCGAGUUGGACGAAUUGUCCAUUAAACGCGGCGACGCACUGGGAAGACUUGCCGAAGAGUCUUUAGAUUCCUUGAAAGAAAUGUGUUUCUCGCCGGCUUUGGAGCUGCAGCUGACGCAUAAUAUCAUCCAGAACGCUUUUAAAGACUACGACAAGGAAGAGUGGGUCAUCGACGUCAACAAAGAGCUCACAGUUAAGGACGUGAUCGUGGAAUGCUUCCCGUUACACGACCGCGCGUUUAACAAGCAGUUUUUCGACGAAUACCGUAAAAGAACGUUCGAGAUGAACCUACGCAAAGCCGCAGCGGGUAACAGCGAUCGCUGGGCGGUGGAGGAGCUGCGUCUUCACUUUGGCGAACGUGUGGCCUUCUUGUUUGCGUUCAUGCAUAUCUACACGAAGCAUCUGUUGCCACUCACGCUGUCGUGUCUGUGCUACUACUUGUGCUUCCGCUUUACGUCUGCACCCACGUGGAAGCAGUACAUGGAAGGAUUGUCGAUUAUUGGAGUGUCUGUGGUCUGCUUCUGGGGUCCUUCUUUCCUGGUGUGUUGGGCGAGAGAGACUCGGUUAUUGGUGGAGAAGUGGAACCUGACCAAGUACAAGAACACGGUAUACGAACGUAACGAUGAUAAUCCGGGCUUUAAGUACGUGUGGGUGAAGAACCGACUGACGCACGAGAUGGAGAAGAUCCCGAAGCAACGCAAGAACCACUGGAUCCAGCUGACGAUGCUGCUGUUUGUACUGGUGUGUGCACUGAUCCAGUGUGUGUGUCUAGUGCCGUUUAUUCAGUGGUACGUGUACGCCAAGAACGCGCCUACUUGCGACGCCUGUAAUGGCGAUACAGAGGAGUCGUACGCGUGUAUCUGGUUCAUCACGUGCUUCAACUCGACCACGUCUGCUCUAGGUACCGAUCGGUGGGUGUACAUUCUGAUCCAGGGCAUUAUUCUCGGUCUGCUGAUUGAUAUCAUCUUCUUCGAGCUGUUCAACUGGAUGUCGGAGAAGUUUGUACAAUGGGAGAAUUACGCCAAAAAGUCGGACCACGAGAACCGACUUAUCCACCGUCGCUUUGUGUUUGUAUGGAGCAAUUGGUUCUUCUGGUUUCUAUUCAUUUCGUUCGUCUACAUGCCGUUCGGGGACACGAUCCUCAAGCUGUUCCACAAGGUGGGGCUGGGCGCGCUGGCUCCGUACGAGUGGAACCCGAAUCUACUGACUCUGGACACUCUAUUCGUCACGCCGCUUGUGGUCACGCAGUUCUUGAACAUGUUACUGGAAACGAUCGCCCCGUAUCUGCUCCGUAAACUGCGUGGUCGUCCCUCUAUCGGUUGUCGCCAGGCUUCGCCGUUCACGUGGUGUGUACGUCACUUGUCACGCCGAUUCCGCUUCGCCAAACAGCGACAAUCCAUGCAACCUGUGGUGAACUACAACUCGCAAGAGACUGCCAGUUCCUCGAGUGGUGAUACUCACCCAGAACUGAAAGAGAACGACGCGCCAGUCACCAAUUUAACAGCGACUCGGCUGGCUCAUUUGGUACAGAAAGACACGAAUUUCCACGUCAAGGUGCUGCCCAUGUCGGACGACUCAAACAAGUAUUCAGCGUACGAGAUCUUGGCCGAAGCGAAGCUCCCGAUCUUCGACCCCGUGCUGGAUUACCUGGACGCGUGUAUCCAGUUCUCCUAUGUCAUGAUGUUCACGGUUGUGUGGCCGUUGUUACCGUUCCCUGCGUUCUUUAACAACAUCCUGGAAGUGCGAGGUGACGCUUUUCGACUGCUAUUCGCCAAUCGCCGGCCAAUGCCGCGACGUGAUACGUCGAUUGGUGAAUGGGCCACGGUACUGGCAUACGCUAACAUUAUUGGCGUUACCGUUGUCUCGGCGUUCGUGGUGGUGUACCAUUACGGAUACUUUGUCACGGAUUGUAACUUCACCUUCAGCAACGCUUACGUCGUGCCGUUCGGGACGAUCGAAGCCGACGAAACAUCCGAUCCAAGUGCUUGCGUGAACGAGAGUGGUUCGUCGCGAUGGCGUAUGUUCCACAUUGUGUUGUUCGUAGUACUAGAGCACGUGAGUUUCUGCAUGCGCUACUUGGUCAUGCAGGUCGAGAAGACCCCGUCAUCUAUUCGUAGUUCCGGUUAUCAACGUCUAAAGCAGAUCCAGCACUUGACAGCUACCCCCGCUGCCCCUCCAUCGCAACUGGAGUACGUGCAACGACUACGUGCAUUGUUCGAGAAGUACGACGUCGACGGUGAUGGUCAUUUAGCGGAGCCUGAGUUGAUCCAACUGCUCGCUGCCUGGUUGUGUAAACACCCGUCCGAAUUGCUCCCGUAUUCGGGUCUUAUUUUCCGGUAUAUGGACAAGAACAAGCUGGGCAGAGUACCAUUUUCCACGUGCUGCUUAAUGAUGCAACACGUGAACCACGACCGCUUCUUCUCGUGUCUACUGGGUCUGUACGACCCACUGAACGGAGCGUACAACGACGAGAUCCGCCGUACCUGUGACCCCAUCGAGCUACACCGCGUACUUAGCGAGGUUUCCUCGGAAGUGCAACGUCGUAGUAACAUGAGCCGCGCAUCGGAAGCCACAGACGCUUCACGACCGCGUGACUCGACUUUCUUCUACGUUGAUAACUAAAGGGUUUAGGAGUUUUGCUUAAGAAAAUAUAUAUACACGUUUUAGUUAUCGAGUG